AUGGGCGGGCAUUUGGCGGGAGAUGCACUAUAUCGAUACACGAGGCUGGAAGAUGAUACCACCCAGAUCCGGCUUCUCAGGCACUCAAGACAGCCCAGCCGUGAAGAGGUGAAGUUCGAGAUGCAGGCCUGGCCUAUCGGCGGCACUCCAACAUAUCACGCUAUUUCCUAUACCUGGGGCGACGUCUCAAAGACUGAGUCUGUCAUCGUCAACCAAAUUCGUUGUCGGAUCGGCGUCAACGCGCAUUACGCUUUAUUACAGUCAAUCAAUCAACAGAAAGCUGAUGUCGACUACUACUGGAUUGACACGCUAUGCAUCGACCAGUCUCACCUGCUGGAAAAAGGCCACCAAGUCCAGAUGAUGGGGUCGAUUUACGGAGGAUCAUCUCUGAACUACUUAUGCGUCGGACCUGGAGGCCCCCAUUUUCGCCUUCUGUUCUCAGUCUGCGAUAAGUAUUUCCCGGCAACCAGCUACGAGGCUCGAAAGGAUCUCGGCAGUCCUUCGGACAAAAUAAGGGAGUAUGUCAACACUCUCCCGCCAGACAGCGAAGAAUUGGAUCAUCUUUGCACUGCCAUGGACGAGUUCAUGAAGAUCACUUAUAUAAGGCGACUUUGGGUGGUACAAGAAAUCAUGAUGGGUCUAUCCCAGGAUCGAUCCUCUGCGGGCGCGGUGCAGUUCCAGCUACAUUGUGGCAGCUGUUCGAUCUCUACCGGGGUCUUGAUGGCUUGA